AUGAGAGUCGAGAAAUGCUACUUCUGCUCGGCCCCGGUCUAUCCAGGUCAUGGAACAGUUUUCGUCAGAAACGAUUCAAAACAGUUUCGAUUUUGCACGGCUAAGUGCAACAAAAUGUUCAAAAAGAAGAAGAACCCAAGAAAGAUCCGCUGGACCAAGGCGUACAGAAAGGCUCACGGAAAGGAACUUACCUGCGACGCCUCCCUUGAAUUCGAAAAGAGACGAAACGAGCCCGUCAAAUACGAUCGAAAACUCAUGCAGGAUACCGUCAAAGCGGUCAAGAAAAUCAGCGCGAUCAGACAAAAACGAGAAGCACAUCAUAUUCUCAGCAGAUUGGCUGUUUCAAAGGAGGUUCAAAAACGAGCAGAUUUAUGGGAAGUGGACACAAACCUCAAAAUCGUGCAGGCGCCCGCGGUUCAGGAUGAGCGACUCAAGAAUUUUUAA